AUUUGUUAUCUUGGCGAUAAAGGACUUUUGCUUUUACAGUUUAAAUUACCAUUUCUUACAAAGUCUUACACUGGGCGAGUUUUGGUUUGGUGGGUCAAUUAUAUAUAAAAUAGCUGGGUUUGAGGUCUGUUCUUGCUGGAGUUGGUGAGGUCUUGUGAAGAAGGAGAUGGGUUCCUUUGAAAAGCUUGCGAAGAGGGCUGUAAAGACAGAUAUGCCGAUCAUGGUUAAGAUACAGGAACUGAUCCGAGGAGCACAAAAUGCUGUAUCUUUGGCUCAGGGGGUCGUUUACUGGCAGCCUCCCAAAGAGGCAUUAGACAAGGUUAAAGAACUUGUAUGGGACCCUACAAUUAGUAAAUAUGGUGCUGAUGAAGGUCUUCCUGAACUGAGAGCAGCAUUGACUAAAAAGUUGCAACAGGAAAACAACUUGCACAAAUCUUCGGUGAUGGUUACCGCAGGUGCAAAUCAGGCAUUUGUGAACAUUGUUCUUACGUUAUGUGAUGCGGGAGAUUCUGUAGUUAUGUUUGCCCCAUACUAUUUCAAUGCCUAUAUGUCCUUCCAGAUGACAGGCGUCACUAAGAUACUUGUUGGUCCUGGUAAUCCUAGGACACUUUAUCCUGAUGCAGACUGGUUAGAGAAGACGUUGGAAACUGAACCAACCCCAAAGCUUGUUACUGUCGUUAAUCCUGGCAACCCAUCUGGUACCUACAUUCCAGAGCCUCUCCUAAAGAGGAUUUCAGAUCUAUGCAGAGCUGCUGGAGCUUGGCUUGUGGUAGAUAACACAUAUGAGUAUUUCAUGUAUGAUGGUCUAAAACACUCGUGCAUUGAAGGGAAUCACAUAGUGAACAUCUUCUCCUUCUCAAAGGCCUAUGGAAUGAUGGGAUGGCGAGUUGGAUAUAUAGCAUACCCAUCAGAAGUGGAGGGCUUUGGAACUCAACUUCUCAAAAUUCAGGACAAUAUACCAAUCUGUGCUACAAUAAUUUCACAGUAUCUAGCCCUAUAUUCAUUAGAAACGGGGCCAAAGUGGGUGACAGAACGGGUGACAGAUCUUGUGAAGAACAAAAAAAUCAUUUUAGAAGCCCUGUCUCCAUUGGGAGAAGAUGCAGUGAGAGGCGGAGAAGGUGCAAUUUACUUGUGGGCAAGGCUUCCAGAGAAAUACCGUGAUGACGACGCGGUUGUUCACUGGCUUGCUCAUAAGCAUGGGGUGAUUGUGAUCCCAGGAGGCGCAUGCGGUUGCCCCGGGCAUUUGAGAAUCUCCUUUGGUGGCUUGGCAGAAGCCGAUUGUAGAUUCGCUGCCGGUAGGCUGAGGACAGGCUUAGAAGAGCUCGUCAGAGACGGCAUGGUUCAGUAGUUCGAUUGAAUAUAGAAAUGGUAAAUCCAUAACCAUUUGCCAGUCUGCGUAACUUCACAUCUCAUCUGGUGCAUUUGAAUUAUUGCGUAAUUUUAUAUUGGGAAAAUGCUUCUCGCAAAUGCAUGUAUAAAUCAUACACAGCCUUAACUGAUUUAAUACAUGCAGAACGCUUUUAAAUGAUA